UUCUUUCCAUUUGGAGCUGUCUGAGGAGGAAAGAUACUGCGAGUGAAAUUGGCGGAGUAUAAGAGAGUAGGAAGAGAGGCGAGGAAGGGAAAUUGAAUUAAGAGUUGUGUUGUGAAUGUCGAUCCAAAUGGAGGAAAUGGGGCCACUCAAACUCUACUUCAUACAUUUCUUAGCAGCAGGUCACAUGAUCCCUCUAUGCGACAUAGCCACACUCUUCGCCUCACGUGGCCAUAACGUCACCAUCAUCACCACCCCUUCCAACGCCCAAGUCCUCCGCAAAUCCAUCCCCUCCCACCCCCUCCUCCGCCUCCACGCCGUCCACUUCCCCUCCCAGGAGGCGGGCCUCCCCGACGGCAUCGAAAACAUCUCCUCCGUUGAGGACGCCGAAAACCUCGCCAAGAUGUUCCACGCCACCGCCAUGCUCCAGCCGCCCAUCGAGGAAUUCGUGGAGCAGCACCCACCGGAUUGCAUCGUGGCGGACUUUCUGUUCCCUUGGGUGGAUGAGCUUGCGAACAAGCUUUGCAUCCCCCGACUGGCCUUCAACGGCUUCUCCCUCUUCACCAUCUGUGCCGUGGGCUCUCCCCAUGAAUAUGAAUAUGAUAAUGAUUCUCUUCACAUUCCGACUCUCCCUCACCCCAUCACCAUCAACGCAACCCCCCCAAAGGAGUUGACUGAAUUCCUCCACACCAUGCUCCAGACGGAGCUCAAAAGCCAUGGCUUAAUCGUCAACAGCUUCCUGGAACUGGACGGAGAAGAGUACAUUGGUUACUACGAGAAAAGCACGGGCCACAAGGCCUGGCAUCUGGGGCCGGCCUCUCUUAUUGGCAGAAGUGCUCAAGAGAAAGCGGAGAGGGGCCAGAAGAGCGUGGUGAGCGUGGAGGAGUGUCUGACGUGGCUGGACUCGAAGCGAGUGGAGUCGGUGGUGUACAUAUGCUUCGGGAGCCUUUGUCAUUUCCCUGAUAAGCAGCUACAGGAGAUAGCAUGCGGGAUAGAAGCGUCGGGUCAUGAAUUCAUAUGGGUGGUUCCGGAGAAGAAAGGGAAGGAGAAUGAGAGGCAGGAAGAGAAGGAGAAGUGGCUGCCUAAGGGCUUUGAAGAGAAAGAGAAGGGAAUGAUCAUUAGGGGGUGGGCCCCUCAGUUGCUUAUUCUCAACCACCACGCCGUGGGGGCCUUUCUCACGCAUUGCGGCUGGAACUCCACCGUCGAGGCUGUCACUGCGGGGAUUCCAAUGCUUACCUGGCCUGUGCAUGGAGAACAGUUUUAUAACGAGAAGCUCAUAACUCAGGUGCGGGGUAUUGGGGUGGAGGUUGGCGCAGCGGAGUGGACCUCCAUUGGUUUUGGGGAGAGACACAAGUUGGUCACCAGAGAUAGCAUUCAGAAUGCUAUCACCCGCUUGAUGGACGCCGGUGAUGAAGCAACACAAAUCAGACGCCGCGCAAAAGAGUUUGCUCAAAAGGCCAGAAAAGCUGUUAAAGAAGGAGGUUCGUCUCACAAUAAUUUAACCGCGCUCAUUCACGAUCUAAAGCGUUUGAGGGACGCUAAACUUCUCUGAAUAUCUCUUGCCAUAAUUUCUUUUUUUGGGUUUAGUGUGUAUCCAUAUAUAUGCUCAUAAAGGACUUGGAACUUUCUGUCAUAUCGUUAUUACCAAAGUCUUGUCAAUGACACAAUUUGUACGUUUUGUUCUCCGUGAAUUGGGUACUUUAACAUCCCAAAAUUUACUUAAUCCUCCUCCGAAAGUCAUUAUCCCAAAAAUCUUCCGGGAAAGUUAUAUUUUUGUAUUAUCGUUAAUUUAAGUGUCGCAUAUAUAAUUCGGCCGGUGUAACACUUCU